AUGAACGAGCGCCGGCUGCCACGACGCGACAAGACCCGCAGUCGAAGCCGGAGCAGAAGCGCCAGUCGACACCGUCGCCAUCGUCCUCCUCAUCAUCACCACCGCCACGACAAGAAGCAUCGGUCGUGUCUGGAAGUGGAGAGGAAAAAAGCCGAAGGAACGGAGAAGCAGAAGCUGGCGAACCGAGCGCAAGUCGCCAAUCGGUCGCGUAUGUGGUCGGUCGUGGGCUCGGACAGCAGCGAAAGUAGCGGCUUGGAAGCUGGAAACGACAAGGAGAAGAAGGGGAAGAAGAGGAGGAAGACGUCACUUGGUCGUCGGGACCGACGUCGUCGUCGAUCGCGCUCGUCGUCCGCGUCAUCGGCCGAUGAAUCGAAGAGCUCCAGGAGCUCCGAUAGCUUGGAAGACGAGCGAUUGAAGAGGAAGCGCCAGUCCAGGAGCUCAAAAGAGGACAAGAAGAGACGGAGGAAGACGACGAAGAAGGGAAAGAGGGGGAAGAAGACCGAUGGGAGUAGGAAACUCGCGGUGGACCAGGACGAAUACGGAAAGUAUGGCAUCUUGCGCGAGUCUGACUUCCAUUGCAAGAGCGUGUCGUUCCAUGCGUGGCUUCGAGAUGUGAAGAAGAUGGGCGAGUUUAAUGGACCCAAGUGGGAGGCCAUGGAGCUUUUCAAGGAGUAUAUGGAAGACUACAACACGUGCACGAUGCCGCACGAGAAGUACUACGACAUCGAAACGUACGAGAUGAGGCGCUACCAGAAGCAGCAGCGCAAAGCGUUUGAUAAACAGAAGGGAGCGUCUUCGGACAAGGCGAUCGAUGCAUUGGCCGACGAAGAGCGAGUGCGCCGUGAGCGUCUGGAUGCACGUGGGAAGAAGGAACAGGAGGAGUUUCGUCUUGUGCUGCAGCUCAUGGACAAGGACAAGAUCGAGGCCAUGCGUGAGCAGGAGCGUCUUCGAGCGCAGAUGCAGUUGAUGUACAAGUCUGGAAACGUCCAAGAGGCUCGUCGUCUUGAGCAGAUUCUCAACAAGGUGGAAGAAGAUCCGCGCUUCAAGCGCUGA